UUGCCGAAGUGUGUCACGUGAUGCGUGUUGUUUUUCACAGCGCUAGUCAACCUGGACCAAUACCACAGGAUUGCGAUUACUACGAAUCGUGAGCUUAUUGGUUUUACAUAGAUUGCUGCGCACUUACUAUUUCAUUUACUACUCGUAUUAUUCAUAUAUAACGAAUAAACCUGAAAUAAUACGCGUUUAUGUUAUUUAGCUGUUUUCACCGAGACGAAACAUCCGAAAAUUGCCUUUUUGAGCCACCAAGCGCCCCCCUCAGGAAACACCCUUUCGGUGUAAUAGCAAACAAACAGUCGUUAAAGAAGCAUUUUUUUUUUUACGGACCAGAGCGAAACUAACACGGAAGUCUGGUAAAUAUUGACACGUGAACGUAGUAGCGAUUUCAACGCAGAUCAAUUCGUAUAUUUUUACAGUUUUCGGGUGUUAAACAUGGAGCGUAAGCUGGCUGACUUCAGAGCUCGAAGGAAAGCCCAGACCGAAGCCGAGAAACCGGCUGAUCGCGUGAUCCCGAGUGAAGCUAAAGCAAUAAGCGGUGGUUCUCCAGCAGUGUGUAACGUUACUGACACAUCAGUGCAGGAGCCCACAACCUGCCCUCAGAGUCCACACACUGAGGCUGAGAGUCAUUAUUUGUUGAAGACUACAUGUGGCCGUUGGCUUCAGCGAGCGGCCCUCACCCAUCUGACCCUGCUGAAAGUGCUGCUGUGGCUGGUGCUGCUGGGGCUUUUUGCAGAACUUGAGUUCGGCCUGCCGUUUUUCGUCAUAUCGUUGUUCUACUGGCUCUACGAGGGCCUGAGAAGCCCAAAAGCCCGCCGACCUGGAGAAAUGAGUGCGUACUCCGUGUUUAACCCAGAGUGUCAACCCAUCCUGGGAACUUUAACAGCCGAACAGCUGGAAGGAGAGAUGGGAUACAGGCCGGUGGCCAACAGAUGAACACGUUUGAAGUGGACAAUAAAAACGGUCUAAAUGUAGAUCUGUAAAGCGCUCUUGGGAAACUUCUUUGCAUUAUAUUAAUGUUUACCUGGAUUUACAUGAAAUGCAUUCUUUAUUUUAUUGAUAUGUACAUAUAUAAAGAUAUACCUCUUUAUGAGUUUGAAUAAAUAAUUUUAACUCUAAACUCGUCUUAUCUGAAAUAUAUUGCUGAGAGACAGGACUUUGUUAUAAAAAGAAAUACUUUACUAAUUAAAGGUCAUAAAUAAGUUAGCUGGACUUAAGAUGAUUAUAACAUCAAUGGGGCUUUUCAGUAAUCAGCUGAACCCCUCUUUCUGUAAAUAUUGCAUUUGUUUAUAUUAUUUUCUACAAAAAAGAUUCAGUCUCACUGAAAUGUCACUUGAGUAAAAUGAAGACUUUUGUUUCUGUACAUAUUUAGCACACUGACUAUGUUUGUUUAUUUAUUAUUAAUCGACAACAAAACCGAGCCGUGGUAAUAAAAUAGUGACUUCUUCGCUCA